UGGCGGGGGAGAGGGGGUGGGGGAGGCGGUGCCUCGGGUCACGUGGGGUCACCCGCCCCGCCCACCGCUUCCUUAUCCGCGGGGUCCGGCCUGCCCGCGUGCGCACGUGUCCUGUCCAUCUCCUCUCUCCGCGACCCCGCGCAGCAGCCAUGGCUCCCGCCCAGCUUGCCCUGUUCAGUGUGUCUGACAAAACUGGCCUGGUGGAGUUUGCCAGAAACCUCGCGUCUCUUGGUCUGAGUCUAGUGGCUUCCGGAGGCACGGCAAAAGCAAUCAGGGAUGCUGGCCUAGCAGUCAGAGAUGUGUCUGAGCUAACAGGAUUUCCUGAAAUGCUAGGGGGGCGUGUGAAAACCUUACAUCCUGCUGUCCAUGCUGGAAUCCUGGCACGAAAUAUUCCAGAAGAUAAUGCUGACAUGGCCAGACUUGAUUUCAACCUUAUAAGAGUUGUUGCCUGUAACCUGUACCCCUUUGUGAAGACUGUGGCUUCUCCAGAUGUAACUGUUGAGGCAGCUGUUGAGCAAAUUGAUAUUGGUGGAGUGACCUUACUGAGAGCUGCAGCCAAAAACCACGCUCGAGUGACCGUUGUCUGUGAACCAGAGGACUAUGCGAAGGUGGCUGCAGAGAUGCAGAACUCUGAUAAUAAGGACACUUCCCUGGAGACCAGGCGUCACUUGGCCUUGAAGGCGUUUACUCAUACCGCACAAUAUGAUGAAGCGAUUUCAGAUUACUUCAGGAAACAGUACAGUAAAGGAAUUUCUCAGAUGCCCUUGAGGUAUGGGAUGAACCCCCAUCAGACUCCUGCCCAGCUGUAUACGCUGAAGCCCAAGCUUCCCAUCACAGUUCUCAAUGGAGCCCCAGGAUUCAUAAACUUGUGUGAUGCUUUGAAUGCCUGGCAGCUGGUGAAGGAACUGAGAGAAGCAACAGACAUUCCAGCUGCAGCUUCUUUCAAGCAUGUCAGCCCAGCAGGUGCUGCUGUUGGAGUUCCACUCAGUGAAGAUGAGGCCAGAGUCUGCAUGGUGUAUGACCUCUAUCCAACCCUCACGCCUCUGGCCACUGCAUAUGCAAGAGCAAGAGGGGCUGAUAGGAUGUCUUCAUUUGGUGAUUUCAUUGCAUUAUCUGACAUUUGUGAUGUCCCGACUGCAAAAAUUAUCUCCAGAGAAGUGUCAGAUGGCAUUGUUGCCCCAGGAUAUGAAGAGGAAGCCUUGAAAAUACUUUCUAAAAAGAAAAAUGGAAAUUACUGUGUUCUCCAGAUGGACCAGUCCUACAAACCGGAUGAAAAUGAAAUUCGAACACUCUUUGGUCUUCGUUUAAGCCAGAAGAGAAAUAAUGGUGUCAUCAACAAGGCAUUAUUUAACAAUAUUGUCACCAAGAAUAAAGAUCUGCCGGAGUCUGCCCUCAGGGACCUCAUUGUAGCCACCGUCGCUGUCAAGUAUACUCAGUCUAACUCCGUGUGCUAUGCCAAGGACGGGCAGGUUAUUGGCAUCGGAGCGGGACAGCAGUCUCGGAUACAUUGUACCCGCCUUGCAGGUGAUAAGGCAAACGCUUGGUGGCUUCGACACCAUCCACGAGUGCUUUCCAUGAAGUUCAAAACCAUGGUGAAGAGGGCAGAAGUCUCCAAUGCCAUUGAUCAAUAUGUGACCGGUACCAUUGGUGAGGGUGAAGACCUGGACAAAUGGAAAGCCAUGUUUGAGGACGUUCCUGAGUUACUCACUGAGGCAGAGAAGAAGGAAUGGGUCGACAAGCUGACCGGCGUUUCCGUCAGCUCUGAUGCCUUCUUUCCUUUCAGGGAUAAUAUAGACAGAGCUAAAAGGAGUGGCGUGGCCUACGUUGUGGCUCCAUCUGGAUCUGCCGCUGACAAGGUUGUGAUUGAGGCGUGCGAUGAGCUGGGGAUGGUCUUGGUGCACACGGAUCUUCGGCUCUUCCACCACUGAUCUUAGUUUACAUCGUCUCCUAGUUUGCAUAUGGGUAGUGGAUAAUCAGUAUGGGGUUUUGAGAGUACCUUUGUAAACAAUGAAGCGUGUGCAUCUUAAUAAUUGGGUCUAUAGAUUUAGGUAGUUGGGCCUUACUUAUCUGAAAGGCAAAGACUCCUGAGACACCACAUACAGAGGUUUGUGUGUGCAGAACCUGAAAGCAGCUCUCCCUCCUGGAGCCCAGCUUUCAUCACAGUCCCUGUGUGCCACCUGAAAGUGCAAGUAAUCCACAGAAGCCAAGCUGCCUUAGGAUGGCACAUCCCACUGGGGAUUGCUCUCCUCAAGGCUCCUUUCAUCGUGCCUCUGAGAAGGUUGGUUGUUUGCCUCCUUGACAAACAGCCAGUUCUCCCCCGGGAGCUGGAUCUGUAGCAGGGUCUAGAUAAUGCUGACACUGCUUUUCCUUUCUUGGGUGCAGUGUUGCCCAUCAUCUUCCCCCCAGACCCGCUUGAGAACUGUGUUAGGUGUUUACUAACCUGUCUGGUACCUUCAGAUGGACCCAGUGUUCUACUUAGAGCUUUUUCACCCUACGUGAACGCAGAGGGUGUAUGGGGGGCCCUGCUUUUGUAGUCCUGACUGUUUACCUGGAGGAUGCCUGUGGUCAGCUGUAACCUUUGGUCAGUUAACCUCAGUGGGUUAGUCCUGCCUUCUUUCCACUCUCUAAAUUAAAUAAAAUAAAAUAAAAAAUGCACAA